UUAUAAUUCAAUAUCCACCAUCAGCUUCUCUUCUCAAAAUCUGUACCUCCAGCAGGGCCGCUAGCCACCGGUGUUUUUUUUUUUAAUGGCAGCCUUCUGCUCCUCCAUAUCUCGACCCAGAAAAAUCUCCCUCUUCCUUAACACAUCCUUCCUUUUCCUCCUCUCAUUUUGCUUGAAAAUUCACUUCUAUCCCUCCACCUCCAGUUUUCUUGAUCAAUCCAAUGAGCAUACCAAGGUUUUCACUUACGCCCGGGGCCUGCGGAUGAGCAGCGGCGGCUGCACCGGCAUCCAUGAAUGCACCGACUAUGAAGCCAAGUGUGCGUACGUGAAAACCCAGAAUGGGUGUCUCCCGAAUGGCUACAUCAACUAUCUUCACAUCUUUUACUGCACUUGUGGCCGGUUUCCGGCGUGGGGUUAUACCGUACUUCUGUUGUGGCUUGCCGUAUUGUUCUAUCUGUUGGGGAACACAGCUGCGAAUUACUUCUGUUCUUCCUUGGAAAACUUGUCAAGAGUGUUGAAACUGUCGCCAACUAUCGCAGGAGUCACCCUCCUUUCACUUGGAAAUGGGGCAGCCGACGUCUUUGCUAGUAUCGUCUCCUUCACGCGGACCAGCGACGGCGAUGUCGGCCUGAAUAUCGUCUUGGGCGGGGCGUUUUUCGUGUCGAGCGUGGUGGUUGGAAUUAUUAGUAUUUUCAUCGGCCCUCGUCAGAUUUCAGUUGAUAAGCCCAGCUUCAUCAGAGAUGUCAUCUUCUUCCUCAUAGCUCUUGCCUCUCUUCUUGUGAUCAUAAUUAUCGGAAAAGUUAGCUUCUGGGGCUCAGUUUGUUUCGUUUCAAUCUACUUUUUCUAUGUAUGUGCUGUUUCCACAACACACAUCCUCUGGAAAAGGGAAGAAAGCGUAGUGGAUCUAUACGACAUUUCUCCGGAUUCAAGGAGCUUCUUUCUGCGCAGCCACGACGAAUUGGGGGAGAAUGGGACUCCAUUACUGGGUUAUGUUGAUGAGGAGAAGCCCAAUUUAGCCGAAAGACGAGAUCCCGAAGGCCAGAAACAAUCGAAAAGGUUCUGGAAUCCUGAUUCAUCGACCUGUUAUUACUGGGGUUGGUUUCUGUAUGUAUUAGAGUUUCCGCUUUACUUGCCAAGAAGACUUACCAUACCUGUCGUCAGCGAAGAGAGAUGGUCUAAGCUAUAUGCAGUUAUUUCAGUUACCUUGGCGCCACUUCUAUUAGCAGCUCUUUGGAACACCCAAAGGGGAAGCGCCGGCUCCAAAUCCAGCAUCAUAACAUUCAUGAUUGCAGGUCUGAUUGGGGUGAUAUUUGGGAAUCUUGCCUUUGUUGCCACCAAGAAGUCGAGCCCACCAAAGAGAUGCUUGUUCCCAUGGCUGGCCGGAGGGUUUCUAAUGAGCGUGACAUGGACAUAUAUCAUUGCCGAGGAAUUAGUCUCUUUGCUGGUUUCAUUUGGGAAUAUACUCGGCAUAAGCCCUGCAGUUCUCGGCCUAACAGUCUUAGCUUGGGGCAACUCGCUCGGAGACCUAAUAGCCAAUGUUGCUCUGGCGGCCAACGGUGGACAAGACGGUGUCCAGAUCGCUGUAUCAGGGUGCUACGCAGGCGCCAUGUUCAACACACUGGUGGGGUUGGGCUUGUCAAUGGUGUUCUCAGCUUGGCAUGAAUAUCCAGCUCCUUACAUCAUCCCUAUCGACCCUUCUCUCUAUGAGACAGUAGGGUUUUUGAUGAGUGGCUUGCUUUGGGCCCUUGUAAUAUUGCCAAACAAGAAUAUGAAGCCGGACCGGUUUCUGGGAAUAGGGCUCUUGGCCAUAUAUGUUUGCUUUUUGUUUCUAAGGGUGGCCAGGACUGUUGGCCUAUUCAAACUUUAAGGAUCCCGGCCCAUCCUCCUUCAGACCCUCGAACCAAGGGGAUCCUACCUUUUUGGCGUUAGUGCUUUCAGUUCUGUUUACAUACUGAUCAUAUCAGAAUAGUAAAAAAUCAAAGGCCAUAUACCAGACCAUUUCAAGGGUAGCUUGUUGGGUGUUGGAGCAGCAGAAGCAGCAAGCUACAGCUAGGAAGAUGCACAUACUGUGGAGAGCUUCAUGCAAGUUUUCAUCAUCUGAGCUGGUGAACAUUGACAUAUUUACCAUUACAAUCCUGAUCAUACCCUACUGCAACCCUAUUUAUUGCAUGCAUGCCUUCUUUCAUUAUUCAAAUUCUACCAAUUUUUCAGUUAUCAUAGGAUGGAUGUAUUUAGGAGAUUUUACAAGAUUUUCUCUUCUAUUUUGCUGUUGGAAGCACUCUGGCUGUCAUCACCAUGUACUAGUUUGAGCCUUGAAGUUUUAUAGGGUUUCUUGGCUCUGAUUUGGGAAUAAGUCCUAUGAUUUUGUGGUUAAA